AUGACGAGUAUCCAACCCAUCCGCUUUGCGCCCUUGGCGCUCCCUCACCUCCUCCCCCUCCUGCUCAUCCCCCUCCUCCCCUCAGGCAUCCUCGCCAACCCCCACCACAACCCAAACUUCCCCCUCGUAGUCAACACCUGGGGCGGCCCGUUCACCGCGGCCACAGACGCCGCCUACCUCUCCCUCACCAACACCACCACCUCCUCCCCGCGCCACUCCGCCGCCCUCGACGCAGUCGAGAUCGGCUGUGCAACCUGCGAGCGCGCGCAGUGCGACGGCACGGUCGGCUUCGGCGGGUCGCCGGACGAGGCGUGCGAGACGACGCUGGACGCGCUGAUCAUGGACGGGACGAGCAUGAAGAGCGGCGCGGUGGCGGGGCUGCGGCGCGUGCGCGACGCGAUCGGCGUCGCGCGCGCCGUGCUCGAGCACACGCGCCACUCGCUGCUGGUCGGCGACCUGGCGACGCGCUUCGCCCUCGAGAACGGCUUCGGCCCCGAGGAGGACCUCGCCACGGACGAGAGCCGGGCGCGGUGCGAGGCCUGGAAGCGCGGCGGGUGCCGCGGGAAUUACAGGCUGAAUGUCGAGCCGGAUCCGCACGUGUCGUGCGGGCCGUAUCGGCCGGUGCCGGUUCAAGGCGGUGUGGCGGGGUGGGUCUCGCAUGAUACUAUCUCGAUGGUGGUCAUUGAUGCUGCCGGGGCCAUGGCGGCGGGCACGUCGACGAACGGGGCGGCGUUCAAGGUCCCCGGCCGGGUCGGCGACGGGCCGAUUGUUGGGAGCGGGUCAUAUGUGGAUGGCGAUGUGGGCGGGUGCGGUGCGACGGGGGACGGAGAUGUCAUGAUGCGGUUCCUGCCGUGUUACCAGGCAGUGGAGAACCUGAGACGAGGCAUGACCCCAACCGAGGCGGCGGAGGAUGCGGUGCGGCGGAUGCUGAGGAAGUACCCCGACGUCUCGAGUGGGAUAGUGGUCGUGAACAACAAGGGCGAGCACGGAGCGGCUGCCUCGGGUUGGACCUUCUCUUACUCGUUCCGUGGCGGCACAAUGGGCGCCACCAAAGUCAUUACAAUUCCGCCACUGAAAGCGGGAUUAUUUGUAACCCACAUGAACUGGGGCGAACUUUGAGCACCAAUUCUCCCAACCGGUACAUGAAGCUCCGGAGUUUCAUUCCUCG